AUGAAGAGUGUGUUCUCCCUUCUUUUUGUCACAAGCUUGGCUGUUCUCCUCACGGAUGCGCAAGGGAGGGACUGCAACAAGGCGGAGAUCGUCGACCUGGCAACACGGUGCUCCAAUGGCUUACUUGGUGCGCUCGAGCCACUACCACGCAUGAUUGGUCCGACCACUGAUCUGUGGCCCGCAUUCCAUUAUAUCCACAACGAGUAUAUAAAGAAGGCUAAGCUCCUUUUUACUCCAAUGUCAUACAGGGGCAUUGUCUCCUGGACUGCUAUGCUAGCUGCGUAUGCCAAGAGAAAGGAAGCCAAGGAGGUCUUUGACAUGAUGCCCCUGAGAAAUCUCUUCCCCUGGACGUUGAUGCUGGUUGCACAUUUGCUUGACACAAAACUUAUGUUUCUUGAGUCCCCUGAGACCGACAUGGUAUCUUGGACGGUUGUUUUCGAAGAGAUGCCCAAACACGACAUUGUUGCCUGGAACGCUACCUGUGCCCAAAACGGGUUUAUGGAACUGGCUCUAGCAACUUUCUCCAGAAUGCCCGAGAGGACCGUGGAGAUUCGACAGAGCAGACCGACAGCUUGUUUCACAGAAAACCAGAACCUGGCAUCAUACGCUCGAAACAGCCACGUUUCUGAAGUGAUCGACGUCUUCCACCAAAUGCCGGCUCGAAACAUUAUUUCAUGGACUACGGCUUUAGGUGCCUUGAUCCAAGACGGGAACCUGGAACUUGCUUCGAGGAUGCUAAACCAAAUGCCCGAGACCGAUCUCAUCUCCGUCAGCCAGCUUCUCUCCACUUAUGCUGUAAACGGACAUAUGCUUGAGGCAUUUCAGGUGUUCUUCGCAGCAAACCUAGCCAGGUCGGGCUACUUGGACGAUGCCAGAGAGCUCAUCCACACAAUGCCAUUUUUUCCCGGAACUUUGGAGUGGACGUGCUUGCACUCCGUCCGUGCGUGA